AUGCUUGAAGGUGUAGAGAUGCAAGCAAUGUAUAGUUCUGCGUCUGAAGAGAGAAGUCCAACGGAGGCUGCGUUGUGUCUGCCGGUUCCAGCCCGGCGGCCUGUGAGUUACGCACAGACGCUGCGGCAUUGGCUGAACUGCGAUACCGCAAGUGUGAAUGAGGCUCGAGUGAUUGCUAUUGGCUGCACACCAGCCGUGUGGUCCGGGAGUGGGUUUCCCGAUAACGCCGUGAAUAAUAGACGUUAUUCACUUCUUACAUUUCUUCCACUUUCGUUAUUUCAUCAGUUUAGAGCUUUCUUUAAUAUAUUUUAUCUGUUACUUGCUUUUUCACAGUUGAUUCCAGCAUUAAAGGUGGGAUUUCUCAUUACAUACUUCUCACCAUUAGCACUUGUGGUGUCGCUUUCACUCAUAAAAGAUGCUGUAGAUGAUAUUAAACGAUAUAGAAGAGAUCGAACAGCAAAUGAAGAAAAAUUUGAAAAAUUACUUCCAGAUGGUCGUACAGGCAUUAUAAGAGCUUCAUCUAUUCAAGUGGGUGAUUUAUUAGUUCUUCGACAUGGACAACGUAUUCCAGCCGAUUGUGUUCUUCUUCGUUCAUCAGAGAGUAGUGGAACAUGUUUUCUUCGAACCGAUCAAUUAGAUGGUGAGACGGAUUGGAAACUUAGGUAUGCUUUAAAGGCAACACAACCACUUGGUGAUGAAGCACUUAGUCAAUAUCGAGCAAAUAUACACUGUGAACCUUUACAUAAAGAUAUUUAUAAAUUUGCAGGAUCUUUAGAAACCUCAGGUGGAGAAUCUGAAGCUAUUUCGCUUGAUAACACACUUUGGGCAAGUUGUGUAGUAGCAUCAGGUACACUUGUGGCUGUGGUAAUUCAUACAGGAGUAGAUACACGUAGUGCUAUGAAUUGUAGUAAACCUUCAACCAAAAUGGGUCUUAUUGAAAGUGAAUUAAACUUUAUUGGAGCUUUAUGCUUUUUAUUCCUUGUAAUCAUAUCAUUUCUACUAGUUGGACAACAAAGAUUUGAUGGUCAAUGGUUUGUUAUGUUUCUACGUUUUUUAAUUUUACUUUCUGCUAUUAUUCCUAUUUCUAUGCGUGUGAAUGUGGAUGUUGGACGUAUGUGGUACUCUUAUGAGAUGUAUCGUGAUAGUAAGAUACCUGGUACAGUAGUUCGAAAUACAAAUAUUCCAGAGGAACUUGGUCGUUUACAAUAUUUAUUUACCGAUAAAACAGGAACAUUAACAAAGAAUAAGAUGGAGUUUCGUCUAUUACAAGUUGCUGCUGAUACAAUAUUAAAUGAUCGUGAAGUGGAUCGUUUUAAAAAGAUUAUAGCUUCUUUUUUUAAUGAAAAAUAUGAAUCUGAAAAUAAUGAUUUGGUAGAUAGUGGUAAAGGUAACUAUUUAUCUCUUCAAAGAAAUUUAAUGCGAGAUAUUACAUCUGUUGGUGAAGCUCUUUUGGCUUUAGUAUUAUGUCAUAAUGUGAGUCCUGUAAUGGAAGAGGGAAAAUUGGAAUAUCAAGCCUCAUCACCCGAUGAAAUUGCUUUUGUAAAAUUUUGUAGUUUCCUUGGAAUUACUCUCAUUCAUCGAGAUGUAAAUAGUAUGCAAUUUACCACACCAGGUGGAAAAACAAUAAGUUAUGAUAUUAUUAAAGCUUUUCCUUUUACUUCUGAACGAAAAUGUAUGGGAAUUAUAUUACGUGAAUCAUCAGAGAGAGAUACAGGUAUAUAUAAAUAUAUUAUGAAGGGAGCUGAUUUUAAAAUUGCAACUGUUGUUCGUUCUUCUGAUUGGUUACAAGAGAGUUGUCAAGAAUUUGCUCAAGUAGGACUUCGAACGUUGGUAUUUGCACAGAGAACAUUAACAGAGGAACAGUUAGAAAUUUUCUUAACUCGAUAUAAUGAAGCCAAUAUAGAUUUGGGUAAUACACGAAAUGAAUCUAUAGAAGCAGCAAUGAGUCUUAUUGAAAAAGAUAUGAAACUCAUUGGAGUUACGGGUGUAGAAGAUGAAUUGCAAGAUGAUGUUACCAAAUCUCUUGAAACAUUAGGAAUGGGAGGUAUAAAAGUAUGGAUAUUAACAGGAGAUAAAAUAGAAACAGCUACAACUAUUGGUCGUUCAACAAGACUAAUUCCACGUAAUGGUGUUGUAGAAGUAAUGACGACUCGUACAUUAGAAGAAACGGAGAAAUUCUUAGAUACUCUUCAACUUCGUCAUACCACCGUAUCUAAUGAUUUAUUUUUUGAAUCCCCAUGGACACUUGUUUUGGAUGGUACUUGUUUAUCUUUAUGUCUAACAGAACCCAUCUCAAAACGUUUUGUAGAAGUUUCCAGAUCUGCCUAUUCUGUUAUUUUAGCAAGAUGUUCACCUACACAAAAAGCAGAUGUUAUUCGUAUGAUAAAAAAAUAUUCCAAUAAAAAAGUUCGUAUGGCUGCAAUAGGAGAUGGAGGAAAUGAUGUAGCUAUGAUAUUAGCAGCAGAUGUUGGGAUUGGAGUUGAGGGAGUUGAGGGAAAACAAGCCAGUAUGGCUGCAGAUUUCUCUAUUACGAAGUUCUCACAUUGUGUGCGGCUUAUUAUAUGGCAUGGGAGAAAUUCAUAUCGCCGUACAUGUCGAAUGAGUCAAUUUAUUAUGCAUAGAGGAAUGGUGUAUUCAAUAGUCCAAGCAUUCUUUUCUCUUCUCUUUGCAGGAACGACAAUGUCUGUUUUUAAUGGUUAUCUUCUUAUGGGGUAUAGUACCGUUUUCACUAUGGCACCAGUCUUUGCAUUAGUUCUUGAUGAAGAUAUUAAAGAAGAAGAUGUGAGUGAGUUUCCUCAAUAUUAUAAAGAGUUAUUAAAAUCACGUUCUAUGAAUACACGGUCUUUUUUACAAUGGGCAUGGAUUUCUAUUUACCAAGGAGGAGUUAUGAUGUCUCUUUCACUUCAUUUGUUUUCUGGAGAAAUGUUUCAUAUCAUUACUAUCGCCUAUACCUCUUUGCUUUUAACAGAACUUGUUAUUGUUGCGAGUACAGCACAUCUUAGAAUUUUAUGGACCCAACGUCGUAAUCAUUUAUAUCUUUUUAUAGCAGCUGAAUGUUUCUCUUUAGCUGCCUACUUUUUUGCAGUUUUAUUACUUCCAGAAACGAUGGAUAAAAGUUUCUUUUUUUCAUGGAGUUGUUGGUGGAGAGUUUCAGUUAUCUUAUUGGCUAUUGUAGGUCCUAUUUAUAUCUUGUCGAUUUUGAGUAGUUUUGUAUUUUUCAAUCACAGACAUACAUAUACUUUAGCCUGA